AUGGUUGUCUAUGUGAACUUAUACUUACCAUUACUAAAAUGUAAGCUUUUUGAAUGCCGAUUAAAGACAAAAAUGGCUGUUUAUAGGGGAAAAAUGCCGAUUAUAAAAAGCAAAGAUGAAGACGUGCGUCAAUCUCAGCCAUUAAUCUCAUCUUACGGCUCAAAAUAUGGUUCUCAUAUAAGGGAACCAAGGAAAAGUCAUGAUAGUCAAAGAUUGUCACCAAAUGUCAACCCUCCAGUUACCUUGAAUUUGAAUGACCAAUAUGCAAUCUUAGAUAAUGGGCUAGUGAAAGUAAGUUUGUCAAUACCUGGAGGUGAUGUGGCUGCAAUUGAGUAUGAUGGAAUGAAGAAUGUCCUUGAUACUACUCACAAACAAACUACUAGAGGGUACUGGGACAUUUUUUGGACAACAGAAAAUACCAACGGACAAGACUGGCUACAUAUGGAAAAUUUUAAAGUGAUUAUACAAAAUGAUGAUCAAGUAGAGCUUUCCUUUUCAACACAAUGGAAAGGAGAUUCAAAUUCAAUUCCUCUCAACAUAGACAACAGGUUUGUAAUGCUUCGAGGCUCGUCUGGGUUAUACAACUAUCUCACAUUAGAUCAUCAACAAAGUUUUCCUGCUACCAAUCUUUCUCAAAUAAGAGUUGCCUAUAGACUUCAACCAGAUAAGUUCCAUUACAUGGUUAUUACAGACGAUAUCCAAAAGGCCAUGCCGACUAAUCAGGAUAUACAGAAUGGUCAGCCUCUUGCGUAUAAAGAAGCCGUUCUAUGGACAAAUCAAACUGAUUCUGAACAAAAAACCGCGGUUGAAGAUAAGUAUCAAUACUCGCAAGAUAUGAAAGAUCAACAAGUACAUGGAUGGAUUUCUAGUCCUUCUGAUGAUGAUACUCGAGCUGGGUUUUGGUUGAUUAAGCCAAGUACUGAGUUUUAUUCGGCUGGGCCUUUCAAACAAGAGCUCACUUCUCAUUUGGGACCUAUUAGCCUUAUUGACUUCUUUUCUGGUCAUUAUGUUGGUGAGUUCAUGCAAAUAUCACUUGGAGAUGGAGAGUCUUGGCAAAAGGCAGUGGGCCCUUAUUUUGUCUAUUUGAACAAAGCUUCUGAUUCAGAGGAUACUCAUGAACACCUUUGGAAUGAUGCAAAAAAUCAGUUGAAACAAGAAACCGAUAAGUGGCCUUACGACUUUAUCGCAUCAGAAUUUUUAGUGAAAUCUAAUCAACGAGGAUGUGUUAAGGGGCAAUUGUCGAUUCGAGAUGAACACAUGAGUAGUGACUUGAUUCCCGCGAGUUCUGCUUGGGUCGGGUUAGCUGCACCCGGUGAAGCAGGCUCAUGGCAAACGGAAACAAAGGGCUAUCAGUUUUGGGUUCAGGCGGACGAUAAUGGAAAUUUCGUGAUCAAGAACAUACAUGAAGGGGAAUAUAGUUUGUUUUCAUGGGUUUCUGGUGUCAUAGGAGAGUAUAAACAUGACGCAAACAUCAGAGUUCAAGCAGGUGAUCAGAUCAGUUUAGAUAAGAUCGUUUACGAGGCACCACGAAACGGGCCUACGCUUUGGGAAAUCGGGAUUCCUGAUCGGACAGCAGCUGAGUUUUUCGUGCCUGAUCCAAGACCCGAAUAUAUUAACCCUGUAUUUAUCAAUAGCACGAAGAAUAGGUACAGACAAUACGGAUUAUGGGAUAGAUACACUGAAAUUUAUCCUACUAAUGACCUUGUUUACACAAUUGGUGUUAGCAAAUAUACAAAAGAUUGGUUCUAUGCUCAUGUACCAAGGCGCAUAGAUACGAAUAAAUAUGAAGCAGCAACAUGGCAAAUUCAAUUCCCAAUUCAAGAUUUGAUUCCAUCAUUUCGAAGUUACACAUUAAGACUAUCAUUAGCUUCUGCAUCAAAUGCUCAUAUACAGGUACGUUACGGACGUUUUAAUAAUGCGGACACGUCAUCAAGACCACAUUUUGCAACGCACAAGAUAGGAUCUGAUAACGCUAUUGCAAGACAUGGGAUACAUGGCUUAUAUUGGGAAUUUAGCUUUGAUAUAUCAAGUUCAUGGCUUCAAAAUGGAAUGAACACAUUAUAUUUGACACAACCAAUUGUGGCAAAUCCCUUUUGUGCUGUUUUGUAUGAUUAUAUACGUUUAGAGGGAAACUGUAAAUCCCGUCGUUUCUUCCGCAUAUUGUACUUUUUCUCAAUCCCCUACGAUACUUGUGAUUUGCAUGAGCAGGAGAUGGAUCUAGCAGCUCCAGGACCCCUAGAUCCUAGUGUGUUGACUAUGCAGCAUGAGCACAGGAUUACUCCUCUUUGGGAUGCCCAGGUGUCCGAUGCAGAAACGCUAGGCACCAGGCUUCCAGAUUCCGUUCCAUGGGUGAUCGAUGAUAGGAUCAUCCCGUACUUAGAGCUAGCGAGGUUAUACGACUUUCACCUUGUUGCAUACGACAGAGUUGACCGUACCAUUAUCACAGCACUGGUCGAGAGAUGGCGUCAGGAGACGCAUACAUUUCAUCUACCUCUAGCCGGACGUCAGCUAUCACGCUGGCGUGACAUGGUGCAUCGCAUAUUGGGAGAGUGCCCUCCACCGAAAGUGAUUAAGGGGAGCGGUUUGCGCUGCACGUGGUUAGUUCAGACCUUCUCGCAUCUCCUCGAAGAUGCUGAUGAAGGCACCAUUUCGAGGUACACCAAGGCGUACCUCUUAUACUUGAUAGGAGCUAUGUUGUUUGCCGAUAAAACAAACAACCAAAUACAGCUCCUUUACUUAACUUUACUUGACGACCCGUGGGAGUGCAUCGCCGAGUAUAGUUGGGGCUCCGCAGCCCUUGGAUAA